CCUCAAUUCGUGAAUUGACAUAUCGUUAUCCUAAAUUAUGACCGUAAAAACUUAUCUGAUCGACAAAAUUAAUGCACAAAAACACCGUUUAAACGGUAUUAUACCAUCGAAUCGUUUAACAAGCAAGAGUAACUUAUGUAAAGCUUUUCAUGAUAAUAUACUUUACACUCCAAAUCAACUUCCUCCUAAGGUUGACCUUCGAAAAGAUAUGACAUCAGUCGAAGAUCAAUCAAAAAUCGGCAGUUGGUAAUUUUUUCGAUGAUAUACCCUACUGAUAUUCAUUUUUAUGGUCUUUUUUUUAGCUCGGCAAAUGCUCUAGCAGGAGCGUAUGAAUAUUUGACGAAAAAGCACGACGGACAAAAUACUGAUGUGAGUCGCUUGUUUAUAUAUUAUAAUGCUCGUGCAAAAAAUAAAAAAUCUGGCUCUGUCACUGAUUCUGGCUGUUCAAUGGAAAGUGCUAUUGAAGCCCUCAAAGAAUUUGGUACUUGUCUCGAAUCCAUUUGGGCAUAUGAUAUUUCAAAAGUAAACAUACGUCCAAACGAUCAAGCUUAUCGAGACGCCAAAAAUCAUACGAUUUCAGAAGCACUCGAAGUUGAUAUUAAUCUAUUUGAAAUGAAAUCAUGUCUCGCACAAGGAUAUCCAUUUGCAUUUGGUUUACGACUCUGUGCAUCGUUUGAAAAAGCAGCUAAAACAGGUUUAGUACCAAUGCCGAAUGGAUCAGAAAAUAAACUAAAGAUGCACAACUGCCAUGCACUUUUAGCGGUAGGCUAUAGUGAUCGAUCGAAAGUGUUUAUUGUUCGAAAUUCAUGGGGAGAAAGAUGGCCAAGUUUGGGUAAUAAUCAGAGCUAUCAGCAAAAUUGGAGUACCAAUCAAUUUGAUCAACAAAAUUGGAGUCCUAAUCAGUUUAAUCAGCCAAGUCAACAAUCAUGGGAUAAUAAUCAGUUCUAUCAACACAAUGACGGAAAUAAUCAGUUAGGACAAGAGAUUUGGAGUCAAAAUCAGUUCGUUCAGCAGAAUUGGAAUAAUAGCCAAUUCAGCGGAGGAAAUAGUCAAUUCGAUCAGCAAACUUGGACAUAUAAUCAGUCUCAGCAGCAAGAUUGGAGUACUAAUCAAUUAGAUCCUCAGAGUCAACAACAUUGGAAUGGUAACCAGUUCUAUCAGCCAAAUGAUGGAAACAAUUCAUUUGGACAGGGGAUGUCGAGCAAUAAUCAAUGGAAUCAGCAAAAUCAGCCUCAGUGGGGUAAUAAUCAAUACGGCCCAUCUUAUGGAGGUAAAUAA